AUGGAAAACCGAAGGCCUAUAAGAAUACAAAAGAAGGAAGAUGUUCUGAGGAUGAAGGAAGAAAGUCCGGAAAUGAGCCCAGAGGAAGAGUGCACAAGCGAGGGGGAGUCUCUCUCUGAACUGGUUUCCAAUGACGACCUGUCCGAGGGGGAAAACGACCUUGCCAAAGAGAAAAACGCACGGAAAAAGUGCGUUUCAGAGCACAGAGAGAAAUGGGGUCUCCUGUUCCGGCAUCUGCUCUUUGCCUGGUCCUUAAUUAGCUGUUUGUUUAUAGGGUACCUCCUCUACAGAGUGAACCAAAACUGUUUCUCACACAUUAGCACCGUCGAAAAGCGGGCAGCGGAAAUAACCAGGAAAGUUAGCGAGUUGGAGGCACUUUUCAACAGCAAGUACAAGGAAGUUGACGUUGCCGACUACCUGGAAGGUGCCCGAAUCAUGCACGACAUUUCAACGGAGGCAUAUUUUGUGCGGAAGUUCCCUUUCUGGAAGUCAACGAAAGGCCUGAAUGCAGAAGUAGCUAUCGACCGGAUAAUAGACAAGCACCACUGCUACUCCUUCGCAGGCUCUGAGGGGAAGCUCGGAAUUGCCUUCAAAAACGAGAAAAUCAUACAGAAAGUGGGAAUAGCUCAUCCCCUGUACGACAGCAGGUCCUCUGCAGUGAAGAACUUCUCCGUGGACUGCCUGGUGGGCGGGAGAGAGGUUCACGUGGGAGACUUCGAGUAUGAAAUUCCCGGGGACUCUUUCCAGCAGUUUCCAAUUCCUCCAACGGCGUGUACCGGCAUAAUAUUCCGGAUAAAGUCCAACCACGGACGAAAAGAGUACACGUGCAUAUAUAAAGUGUACGCUUUUGAAUAA